AUGGCGGCACCUGAAUUGACUGUGGCUGCAUUGGCUCUCGAAGCUAAGGAUUGGAACAUUGCUCAAACUUUGAAAAUGCUGUUGAUAUUAAUUUUCAUAGUUACUGGGACACAGACUUUCAUGGCUCAGAAACCAGUUUCCAAGCCUGUUGAUAUUAUGUUUUUGGUUUCCAGUAGUAAUACAUCUUUCCUGCAUGUCAAAACAUUUAUUAGUACAGUAAUCAAGAUUUUACCUUUUGGCCCUAAUGAAUAUCGUAUUGCACUUGCUCAAUAUACUGAUCAAGUAUAUAGUGAAUUCCAACUGGAUACCUACAAAGGGAAGAAUCCAAUGUUAAAUCACAUCAAAAAGAAAAUGGUGCUUAGAACUGGCUUAUUAAAAACUGGCAGUGUUCUCUACAGAAUACAUGAGAUUGAUUACUGGAAACCAAUUCUUGGAGAAGAAAGAUCCAAGAUUUUGAUAGUGAUUACAUCUCAACAAUCUAAAGAUGAUAUAAAAGAAGCUGGUUGGCUGCUGCGGAAAGCUGGAGUAAAUAUCAUUUCAAUUGGGGUGGAGGAGGCCUCUACUGAUGAACUACGUCUGAUGGCUACAAAGCCAUUUUAUUUCUUCUUUCCUAGAAUAGAAGAUCUUAGUUUAUUUGCUUGGAAUAUUUCUAGGAUUGUGGUUGAAGCUAUUCAGAUAGGUAAUACUGAUAUAAACCUUUUAAAUAUGACAGCUGUAAACAUGAAUUACAAAACAGUAAUAGAAGCAUGUCAUAGUGAUGGAGUUGCUGAUUUAGUAUUUAUAGUGGAUGCAGGCUCGUCACAAACAAACUUUGAAAAGAUGCAGCUCUUUUUAGAAAACCUGGUAUCUUCUUUGGAUGUGAAGGAGAAAUGCAUAAGAAUAGGCCUAGUGACUUUCAGCACUAAGCCCCAGGUGAUAUCUUCACUGCAGAUGACAACUGAUGGAAUUCACCUUCUACAACAUAUCCAGGGCCUAUCGCCUAAGCCAGGAAAAGCUAACAUAGGUUCUGCCAUUAAUUUUACAAGACAGAAAGUCUUCAGUGCCAGUGCUGGAAGCAGGAAGGCUCAAGGGGUGGAACAAAUAGCCCUUCUGAUUAGUCACAGGCCUUCAGAAGAGGAUGUGAGAGAUGCAGCUAAAUUGCUCAGAAGAGCUGGUGUGACUGUAUUUGCUGUUGGCAUUAAAGAGGCCAAUAUUACACAACUAACCCAGAUUGCUGCUUAUCCAUCACCACAGUAUGUUACUCAACUAAGUACAUUUUCUCAGUUGCUUAAUAAAUCUCUGGAUUUUCAGAAGAAAAUUAUGAAUCAAAUACAGCAGAAACUCUACAUGGAUACCAAAAGAACAGAACUUCUGAAAAAAGGAUGUGUGGAUAUGGAAGAAGCUGAUAUUUAUUUUCUCAUUGAUGGUUCAUCAAACCUUGAUUAUUAUGAUUUUGUGGAUCUUAAAUUAUUUUUGAAAGAAGUAGUUAAAUUGUUUACCAUUGGCCCAAAUAAAGUCCGCAUUGGAGUUGUACAGUAUGCUGAAACCAGUGAACUGGAGUUUGAUCUUGAGGAAUACGGCAAAACAAAUGAUAUAUUGAAAGCCAUUGAUAACAUUCGUCAAAUUGGUGGGACUCCCCACACAGGAGCAGCUUUGACAUUCAUUCAGCCCUUGUUCAGGAAAUUGCGAAGUCAGCAUUCCAGAAGUGUACCCUGCCAUCUGAUUGUGUUAUUAGACCAGAUAUCAAAAGACCAUGUAAAGGAGCCUGCCAGGAGAUUGCGGAAUGAGAAGAUAAAUCUUUAUGCCAUUGGUGUAGGACAUACAAAUGCAUCUCAGAUCUACACAAUUGCAGAUUCAACUAAUCAAGCUUAUUUUGUGAAUGAUUUUGCCUCUUUAAAGUACAUAAAGAAUGAUGUUGUUCGGGAGAUCUGUGCUACAGAAGUCUGCAAAGAAAAGAAAACAGAUAUUGUGUUUCUGGUGGACAGCUCUAGAAGCAGUGGGACUGAGAACUUUGAAAAAAUGAAGAACUUCAUGAGGUUGCUAGUGGACAAAUCUGAUGUCAGUCCAGAAACGGUGCAUGUUGGAGUUGUCCAAUUCAGUGAUAAAUGCAAAGAAGAAUUUCAACUAAAUCAACACUUGACAAAACUAGAUAUCAACAAUGCUAUUGGGAGAAUGUCUCUUAUGGGACAGAGCACACUCACUGGAGGUGCACUGCAAUUUGUGUCCAAUUAUUUCAAACCUGUCAAAGGAGCACGGCUAUAUGUCAAGAAAGUUCUUAUUCUGAUAACUAAUGGGGAAGCACAAGAUGAGGUGAAAAACCAUGCAGAAGCUUUGAGAGAGGAAAAUAUAAUCAUUUACUCAGUGGGGCUGUUCCAGGCUAACAAAACACAGCUGAUGGAGAUCAGUGGGAAACCCGAGAUGGUGUUUUAUGUAGAAGAUUUUGAGGUUCUAAAGUACUUCAAAAAUGAGAUCGUCUUUGAAAUAUGUAGCUCUUCUGAUGAAUGCCGAAGAAUAGAACGUCUAGAUAUUGUUUUUGUUAUUGAUGGUUCUGGAAGUAUAGAUCCCAAAGAAUAUGACAUUAUGAAAGAUUUCAUGAUAACCUUGGUGAAAAAAUCUGAUGUUGGCUAUGAUCGAGUUCAGUUUGGAGCAGUCAAAUAUUCUGCAGAGCCAGAAACAUUUUUCUAUCUGAACCAGUUCAACACCAAAUCAGCAAUUAUUGAGGCUAUUCAGAAUGAUAAACCUAUUGGGGAAACAACUUAUACAGCCAAGGCAUUGCGUCAUUCAGAAAAUCUUUUCUCUAAGAAACAUGGUGGUCGCAAGCACCAGAACGUUCCCCAAGUUCUCAUAGUGAUAACUGACGGGGAUUCCCAUGAUGCAGCAAACCUUGAAGAUGUAUCGAAGAAUCUCAGGGCUCGCGGGAUUGUGAUUUAUGCUAUUGGGAUAGAAAGAGCCAAGCCAGAUGAACUCUUGGCCAUGGCAGGAUCUGAAGACAGAUAUUUCUAUGUAAAUACAUUUGAAGGCCUGAAAAAUCUCUAUCCCAGAUUAUCUGAUAACAUUUGUGGUGUUUCAAAACCAGAAUGUGGAAUUCCAGCAGAUCUGGUAUUCUUGAUUGAUGGUUCUAAUAGUAUAAGUGACAGUGAUUUCACUAAGAUGAAGAAUUUUUUACAAGAUAUAAUUCAUCCAUUUGACACCUCCCACAACGUGCAAGUUGGUCUUGCUCAGUACAGUGACAGAUACCAGGAAGAAUUCAGCCUCAAUAUUUUCUCACGCAAAUCAGAACUUGAAAAUCAAAUCAGACGUAUUCAACAGAUGGAAGGACUUCAGACAUAUAUUGGUGCUGCCCUUAAGAAAGUGAAGCUCUACUUUACUCCAGAAGGUGGCAGCAGAAUAAAUGAAAAGAUCCAGCAGAUUUUGCUGGUGAUCACUGAUGGAAGGUCACAUGAUAGAGUUGUUCAAGCAGCAGAAGAUCUGAGAAAGAAAGGCGUUGAUAUAUAUGCCAUAGGAGUAGGGAGAAUUGACCAUUUGCAGCUUAGUCAGAUAGCUGGCUCCUCAGACAGAAAAUACACAGUUGAUAAUUUCAGCGAACUGAAGGUAAUUAAAAAAAGACUAAUUGAUGAUAUUUGUGAGCAAGAAGAUAAAACAUCAUGCUUCAUGGAUAUUGUUGUGGGAAUAGAAGUCUCUUCACAAAAUCAAGGUGAUUAUGUAUUCCAUGGACAGCCCCAGCUGGAAUUCUAUCUUCCUCAAAUUAUAAGUGCUCUCACAUCUUUAACUAGCCUAAGCUGUUAUGGAGGAUCACAAACACAAACUAGUGUGGCAUUGAAAAUUAAAAACACAGAUCCACCGGUGGCAUCAAAGUUCCAAAUUGAUAGUGAAAAACUUAUAAACAGUUUUGUGGGCACCACCAUCACCAAUGCAUCUCAUCUUACUGCAGAGUUCUUGGAUUCACUUUGGGAAACAUUCCAAAUCAAAUCUGCAAACAGAAAGAAAGUACUACUAAUCUUUUCAGAUGGCUUGGAUGAUAGAAUAGAAAUCCUGGAAGACAAAUCAGAAGAACUGAAGAAAAAAGGAUUGGAUGCAUUAAUAACUGUGGUUUUGGAAGGAGCUUCAAAUUUUAAUGACAUGCACUUCAUUGAAUUUGGAAAAGGCUAUGGCUACAAGAUCCAGCUGAAUAUUGGCAUGAGAGAUAUUGCCAGUCAAUUGUUCAAAUACAUGAGUAACAUUGCUGAACGGACUUGUUGCUGUAUGUACUGCAAAUGCAUUGGUGAAGAUGGAGAACCAGGUGAACAAGGAAGAUACGGAAUGGAGGGACCUCAAGGUUUUGAAGGAAGCCCAGGACACUUAGGAGAUGAAGGAGCACCUGGUCCAAGAGGGGUUCCAGGAUCAGAUGGUGAUAAAGGGUACAGCGGUUGCCGAGGCAAUAGAGGCCCUAAGGGACAAAGAGGAAUAACUGGUGAGAAGGGAAGCAAUGGAGAAAAAGGAUUUGAUAGCAUUAAUGGAGAGCUGGGCUCCCCUGGGGUUCCAGGAUUUAAAGGAGAAAAAGGUGACCCUGGCAACCAGGGCAGCCCAGGAAUCAAGGGAAUCCAUGGCGAAUAUGGCGAAAAUGGUUUCCAAGGAGAUCAGGGUAUUCCUGGAAUAAAUAAUAACACAGCAGGAUCAAAAGGUUUUAAAGGAAGAUAUGGAAGACAGGGUGAAAAGGGACCAUCAGGCCCCAUAGGAGAUCCAGGAUCCAAAGGAACCAAGGGAUACCAAGGUAAAAGAGGUCCCCACGGUCCCCAGGGAAGAAAAGGAGCGCAGGGCCCAGGGGGUUUUCCUGGAGAUCAAGGAUUUAAGGGCCCACAGGGUGAAAAAGGAAUUCAGGGAAUGAAAGGAAUGAAAGGAAAUCCAGGAAGGGAAGGAUUCCCAAGUAUUCCAGGAAGAACAGGUCCAGUAGGCAUUCUUGGGAAAUUGGGACCCAGAGGGAAUAAGGGAGAGUUUGGUGAUUCCGGAAUGAAGGGGGAGAGAGGAUUACCUGGAUUACGAGGACUAAGGGGGGAUAUUGGUGCAAUUGGAUAUGGUAAGCUGGGAAAUAAAGGAAUAAAGGGGCAAAAAGGAUUUCCUGGAGACGUAGGACAGGAGGGUGAUGUUGGCAAUAUUGGAAUUCCAGGAGAAAUUGGAUUGAGAGGGAUCCAAGGGCAAAAGGGUCCUGCAGGUGCCAUCGGCCAAAAAGGAACUUUAGGAAAGCAUGGUCCUCCAGGUCAGCGGGGUAACAAAGGAUUUAAAGGCAUGGCUUCUUUUUCACCAUGUGAGCUCAUAGCUUAUAUUCGGAAACACAGUUCUUGCUACCAAGGAACUGCAGAAUGUCCAGCAUAUGCUACGGAACUACUAUUUGCUUUGGAUAUAUCCCAGGAUACCACACUCCAGAUGUUUGAACAGAUGAAAAAGAUUGUCACAGAAAUUGUGAACCAAAUGAACAUCAGAGAGAGCAAUUGUCCUGUGGGAGCCAGAGUGGCUGUUGUGUCUUACAGCUCCAACACCAACUACUUGAUCCGCUUUUCAGAUUUCCAAAGCAAGAACAAGUUGUUGCAGGAGCUCAACAGACUUUCUUUCCAGAGAGCAACCAACAGACGGGACAUUGGUGGAUCCAUGAGGUUUGUGGCCAGGCAUCUCUUCAAGCGAACUCUCCAAGGUGCUAAUGUGAGGAAAGUUGCUGUCUUCUUCAGCAAUGGAGAGUCCGACCAUCCAAGUUCUGUCAACACAGCACUCCUUGAAUACAGUGCAUUAGAGAUUGUCCCAGUCAUUUUAACUUUUAAUAACAUACCUGAGACCAAUCGUGCUUUUCUGAUGGAUGAUUCUGGACAAUUUCAAGUCAUCACCAUUCCCACUGAGGGAGAUUACUCACCAUUUUUGAAAAGAUUCCAACUGUGCACACUUUGCUAUGAUAAAUGCAAACCAGAUGCUGCCUGUGAACUUAACAGAAGAACCAGACCACCAUGGGAAUAUGUGGAUGUUGCUUUCAUUCUGGAUAGCUCAAGCAGGUUAGGUCCUGACGAGUUCGAGAAACUGAAGGAAUUUCUAAUCAGAGCUCUGAACCAUUUUGAUAUUUCCUCUCAGCCUGCAACUUCUUCUGUUGGGGACAGAAUAGCUUUGGUGAGCCAUGGUGUACCAGCAUUCAGACCACAAACCCAAGUGAUACCUGUAAAGAAAGAAUUUGAUUUAGUGACUUUCAAUACAACACAGCUCAUGAAAAAAUAUAUCCAGGAAUACGUUCAACAAAUGGAUGGUCAAAGUGCUGUUGGCCAUGCUAUACAGUGGACAAUUAACCACAUUUUCUCACAUACCCCAUACCCAAGGGAACACAAGGUUAUCAUUAUUAUAUCUGUGGGUGGAACAAGUCAAUGGGAUAAAGCAGUGUUAAAGAAAGUGUCUCUGAGAGCCAAGUGUCAAGGCUACGCCUUGCUGAUAGUUUCUGUGGGACGGGUCUAUGACAGCACAGAGCUUCAAGAGCUAGCAAGUUACCCCCUGGAGCAGCACUUAAUUCAGCUUGGCAGAAUUCACAAGCCUGAACUAAACUACGCCAUUAUGUUCCUGAAACCUUUUCUACAUUUUCUUCAGAAUGGAUUCAACAGCUAUCCACCAUCUGAACUUAAAACAAAAUGUCACAAGAUCAGCACUAAAAAAUCUAGACAUGUUUUGAAGCGUCACAAUCACAAAUGAUUGAUAGAAGAUAUGAACCUGUACAUCCGCAGAUGCAAUGAAACACAACUUUUUAUUCUGUAAAUUGGUAGAAGGAAAAAUUAAUGUUUAUACUAGUGUCAACUUGUCUUUUUCAAUGAUGUAUAGAAUUUUAGGAACAGCAGAAAAAAACAAGAUGUAAUAUAUAAAAUCUGUGGAAUGAUUGUGAUUCCUGUCACUUUUUGAAAGAAAAUCUUUCUUUUUCAAGAUUAAUAUAGCCAUGUCUUCUGUAUGUUGCUCUUAUCUUCAUUGUUCAGAGGUAUAGUUGAAUAGGUUGAUUCAUAUGCUAUUUUAGCCUUUCUUUUGAAUAUGUAGAUGGAAAAUGAUUGAGGAAUGUGUGCAUUACAACUGGUAUAAUAAUAUUACAUCUGACAAAAUACUCAUAUUAAAAUGGUUUACUGUAACAAGUAAACAAGUGAAUUUUUAGACCUUAUUCAAAAAUAGAUUUGGGGAUUCACUCACUAGAAUCAAGCAAUGAUUGCCAGACUUUUCAGUCACACUUAAUGUAGGACAAGUUAGUUACCACUUUUUGAUUACAGUUGGAAGUAAUUUUCAUUAAUGGGCUUCAAAUCAGCAUUGUUAAUCCAGGAACUUUUUGAAGAAAUAGUCAUUCUUUAAGAAAAAAAUUGGAUGCUCAAUGACCUUUUUAUUACAAGAAGAUAUUCAGUGGCUUUUCUGGUGUAAUAGUAAAUUUAGAUAAUAUUUGCAUUCUAUACUUGAAAUGUUAUGCUGAGCAAUACUCAUACUAGUAUAUUAAAUUUUCUAAUUCAAUAAUGAUAUGUUUGGCACUUUGAAAACCUCUGGACUUUACUAUGCACUUUGAGUACAUAUUAUACAUUCUAGCAAUACACUCAAGAAAAUGUUACAUUUUUAUAUUCUUUACUUCUUUUCCCUAUUCAAAUUUUGUCUUAUCUUUUUCAACCUGUUUUCAGCAACACAACUGACUUAUUUUAUUCUGUUUCCUCUACUGUGUUUCUGAAUGUGCAGUUUGGAGA